AUGGCAACUCGUGAACUUUCCAACAUGUUCCAAUCCAAAGACUUUGCUAGUCGCUACAGGCUUGCGGAGAAGAUCACUGGGCUUUUCGCUCGCCCAUUGAUCAACCAAUCGGGCAUUGCAUCCUAUGCGAAACGGCCCGUCAUCCUUGACAAUGCCUGUGGCACAGGGGUUAUUUCCAGUGUUCUCAAUAGCACACUCAGUGACCAGAUUAAGAAAGACUGGGAGCUGACCUGCGGCGACUUAUCUCAACCCAUGGUCGAGCAUACUCAGCAACGGGCCAUAGAGGAAGGAUGGCACAACGCGGAAGUGAAGAUCGUGAACACACAAGAGAUGAAUCUUCCCAGCUCAUAUUAUACGCAUAUCUAUACUGCUUUUGCAAUCCCUAUGAUCCCUGAUACCGAUGCCGCAUUGAAAGAAUGUCUCCGAAUCCUCCAGCCAGGAGGUACAUAUGCAUCCACUAACUGGAAGACAACUCCCCAAAUAGCGAUGACGUUCUCCGCUCUCGAAUCCCUCUCAUCGGAACUCCCUCUCCCCGAUGCUGAGGAAUUCCAAAAAGGCCUUUACAAAGGCUGGGACUCCGAAUCUAAUGUCAAAUCCGUGCUCGAAGAGGCAGGGUUCACGGACGUCAACGUCACAGCCGUAACGGACCACGUUUCAGUGCCCAUUGCGGAAUUCGUGGAUCUGAAUAUGACAUUCCUACCCGCUAUCUUGGGGCAGUUCUGGACAGAAGAACAGCGUGAAAAGCACGCGGGGCGUGCUCCUGAUGUGAUGAGGCAGUCGCUGGAAGAGAAGUUUGGUGUUGAUGGGAUGGUGCCGCUUGGUCCAACUGCCAUUGUUGUUACUGCGAGGAAACCGUGA